GCAACUCACUUAUCAGUUUCGGCGGCGUAUAUAAAUUCGCAGCCUCUUCAGGCGGCAAUAGUUAUUGAGUAUUGAGAAACCGGACUGGACGACGCAGCAGGCUGCCAAACAUUAAUUCGUGUUUGAAAUUCAAUCAAUUUAAUGAUGGGCGUCAAAUUCCUUGCAAUAGUUGUACUAUUCGCAGUGACAGCGAACGUUAUUUUGCUGGUAUCAACUACUCCAUUAAAAAAUGAAAAAGAGGACAAAUCUGAUGCUCUGGGAGGUCGAAGAACACGAAACGUGAUACAAACGGUUUAUAAAUCGGGAGAAUCAGAAAAUCAAUGUAAUUCACCAGGCUGUAUUCGUACAGCUUCCCGGAUUCUGAUGGACAUGGACCCUGACGUCAACCCUUGCGAUGAUUUUUAUCGAUUUGUAUGCGGCGGCUUUCUGAACCGAACGGUCAUACCCGACGAUAAAACGCAAGUAGAAAGGAUGAACGUUGUUGGAGACGAGGUGCAGAAGCAAAUAAGAAAGAGUAUCGAGGCUGAAAGCGCGCCCGGCGAAAUCAAGCCUUUCAGACUCGUUAAGACUCUCUAUAACUCUUGUAUGGACAAAACAACGAUCGAGGCCAAAGGACUCGAACCUCUUCGUGCGAUUUUAAAAAAACUUGGUGGCUGGCCGGUUCUCGAUGGUCACUUAUGGAACGAUGGUGAUUUUGAUUGGAAAAAUUCCAUAUACAAAUUCCGAGAUGCUGGAUACUCUACCAAUUUUUUCCUCUCUUUUGGCAUCGGUAUAGAUUUGACAAACAACACAAAACAGUUUAUCGAUCUUGAUCAAGCAUCUCUGGGACUAGAUCACGAAUAUCUGUCGAUGGGUUUCGAAGAUGAAAACGUCGCCGCUUAUUACAGCUAUAUGGUGGACGUCGCCGUUAUUCUUGGUGCCCCGAGAGAUCGUGCCGAGAAAGAACUCAAAGAGUCAUUGCGUUUCGAAAUGAAACUUGCAAGCAUUUCAUUGCCGAGCGAGAAACGACGCAAUUUUACCGAACUUAACAAUCCGAUGACGCUUACGGAACUGACAGAUAAGUUUCCAAGUAUCCCUUGGAGGGAAUACUUAAGCAGGAUGUUACCAUCAUCUAUUACCAUUGAAAAAGACGAAGUUGUAGUUGUCGAAGUAGUGAGUUACAUUAGCGAUUUUGAGAAAUUGAUAAGUGAGACUCCGAAAAGGGUUCAAGCAAAUUACGCAAUGUGGAGGGCUGUAGCGGAUUCUGUAACAUACCUGAACGACGAUAUACGUAAGAGGCAGUUGGCUUACUCUACAGCGCUUAGCGGAAACACUGAGCGUGAAUCAAGAUGGAAAGAGUGCGUUGGCAUUGUUAGUCAAACUCUUUCGGUCAGCGUCGGCGCUAUGUACGUACGACGAUACUUCAACGAAGACUCUAGGAAAAGUGCAGCCGAAAUGGUAACGGACUUCAGAGAACAAUUCACCAAAAUUUUAAAAACGGUCGACUGGAUGGAUGAAAAAACACGUGGAAACGCUCUCGAGAAAGCAGCAUCGAUGUCCACUCAUAUUGCUUAUCCCGAUGAGUUGUUAGACGACGACAAGCUGGAGAAGUAUUACGAAAGUCUCGAGCUCUCCGAAAGCAAUUAUCUCGAAAGUAUUUUGAAUAUAUCGUCAUUCCAAACGAAAUAUUCGUUCAGUCAACUGCGCAAACCCUUCAAUAAAAACGAUUGGUUAUCCCACGGAAGCUCAGCGGUAGUAAACGCGUUUUAUGCCCCCUUCGAGAACAGUAUUCAGUUUCCGGCUGGUAUUCUCCAAGGCAUUUACUUCGAUAACGAUCGACCAAAAUACAUGAACUACGGUGCCAUUGGAUUUAUAAUCGGUCAUGAACUAACCCAUGGAUUUGAUGAUGAAGGCCGACAGUUUGAUAAAGAUGGUAAUCUCGUUAAUUGGUGGGAGCCAUCAAUCGAAGAGAAUUAUCUCAAACGUGCGUCGUGUAUAGUUGAUCAGUACGCGAAUUAUACCGUCGAAGAGGUUGGCCUCAAAUUAAACAGCAUUAACACGCAAGGAGAAAAUAUCGCGGACAACGGCGGCAUAAAAGUAGCAUACCUUGCGUACAAUAGCUGGGUCGAGAGAAAUGGACCGGAAGCACAGUUGCCCGGAAUCAAUAAGACGUCGCAACAAAUGUUCUGGAUCAGUGCAGCGAACUCUUGGUGCUCGGUAUACAGACCGGAGGCAUUGAAACUUCAGAUCACUACGAACGCUCAUAGCCCCAACGAAUUUCGAAUUUUGGGUGCGUUUUCCAAUAUGCCCGAAUUUUCGAAAGACUUCAAUUGCCCUCUGGGCUCAAAAAUGAAUCCUGAGAAAAAAUGUUCCAUUUGGUAAAUCUGUUAUGUACAAGCUCGUCUGGUUGGGCUUGUCAAACACCUUUGAGAACUGAGUCUUUGGUUUGGUCAAAAAAAAAUUAAAAACGCAAACCGUUUGACUAAAAAAUUGUUAGAGGAAAGUUUUCAGUUAUCGCUUGACGUACAUAAAUGUUAAACAUUUUUCUUAGUACUUAAGAAACAUAGUAUUUAGUUGUAGGUCGAUGUAACCUUGAAUUACAUAAUAAAUAUGAUUUGAGUGCAUUAUAA